AUUGAGCUGAACGCGCGCGCCUAAUUGUUUUUAACUUGACGCAUUGCGCGCAGUACACGCCAGAGACGCCAAUCCGACGCAUAUUCGCACAGACCAACAGUCAAACAAAAAUAGCGCAAACGCAAAGGGUUUCAAUCUUCAGCGUUGUUCGCGCUUCUCGCGUUUAGUAGUGACCCCGCCCUCUCGCGUCCUCAUCGCGUCGACCCAUUUCACUCCAUUCUGCCCGGUUUUCAAAGCUCAGCAUUCUCACUACAGCAGUGUUGGGUUUGUUUAAACAGGAGGGGCGGGAGGGCUGUUCAGAGUGUGUCGUGAAAACAAUCUCACCCUCGUCCAAUUAAAAACGAGAGGCGUUUUAUUGAGCCCCGAUUGAGCCAAUGGCGUCUCAGUGCCGGGAAAUACAGCAGUGAAACACCAAGUGAUGCUGAGAGACGAUUGCAGGGUGUGAUGCUGGAAUAUGUGUGUGCGCGCAUGAGAGCAUCUCCACCGCAUCCGUCCCGAUCCGAGCUAUCGUGUGUGCGCGAGCGCGGGAUGCCCAGAUCCGACAUUCCCAACAAAUCCAGAAGAGGACAAACCAAAGUCCUGAUUGCUGUCACUUUUCUUUUUUCUUCUCAAGCUGUCCAAGUGCCUCCCUGCGAAGUUUGAUUCUCCUGCACCCAUCCCUCCACCCCCCCAGCAGUACCCUCCUCUUGGUGCAGUACAUCUCCAGUGAGGAUACGCACCGUGCUGAGGGUUCGUGACGGUCGAUCCAGAGAACAUGAAGUGGAAUCUCUUCAAAAAGAAAGCAGAGCCCAUGGUGGGUCCAGAGCCCACGGGACCGGACGGCACCCACCCGUCUCACACCAUGACCAUGACGCCCGCUCUGGUCAUCUCCACGCUGGCGGACAACUCCACCGAGUCUGAGGGACCCAGCAAGAACGACAUGUUUGAGGAAAUCAAGAGCAAGUUCCUCAACGAGAUCGAUAAAAUCCCACUGCCUCCCUGGGCGCUCAUCGCCAUUGCUGUGGUGGCCGCCCUCCUCGUCCUCACCUGCUGUUUCUGCAUCAUUAAGAAAUGUUGCUGUAAGAAGAAGAAGAACAAGAAGGGCAAGAAGGGCAAAGACGGAUUCAACAUGAAGAACAUGCAGGGUGAUACACAUCAGGAUGAUGAUGAUGAAGAAGAAGGAGAAACCGGUUUGACCGAGGAGGAGAAGGAAGAAGAAAAAGAGGAGGAGAAACUGGGGAAACUGCAGUACUCUUUAGAUUAUGACUUCCAGGACAAUAAGCUGACGGUGGGAAUCCUGCAGUGUGCUGAUCUGAUCUCUAUGGACUCUGGCGGAACCUCUGACCCGUACGUUAAAGUCUUUCUGCUUCCAGAUAAGAAGAAGAAGUUUGACACUAAAGUGCACAAAAAGACCCUCAAUCCAGUGUUCAACGAAAGCUUCGUCUUCAAGGUGCCGUACCAGGACCUGGGCGGGAAAACUCUGGUCAUGUCGGUGUACGACUACGAUCGCUUCUCAAAGCAUGACAUCAUCGGUGAGGUAAAAUUACCCAUGAACACCAUUGAUUUGGGUCAACCAAUCGAAGAGUGGAGAGACCUGGACAGUGUUGAGAAAGAGGAGCCUGAGAAACUGGGCGACAUCUGUAUCUCGCUGCGUUACGUUCCCACAGCGGGCAAACUCACCGUCUGCAUCCUGGAGGCCAAGAACCUGAAGAAGAUGGAUGUUGGUGGUCUGUCUGAUCCGUACGUCAAGAUUCAGCUGUUGCAGAACGGAAAGCGUCUGAAGAAGAAGAAGACCACGGUGAAAAAGAACACUCUCAACCCGUAUUACAACGAAUCCUUCAGCUUUGAGAUUCCAUUGGAGCAGAUGCAGAAAAUCAUCGUGGCGGUGACCGUCUUUGACUACGACAAGAUCGGCAAGAAUGACGCCAUCGGGAAGAUCUUCAUUGGAAGCAAAGCUGCAGCCACGUCGUCGAAGCACUGGUCUGACAUGCUGACGAACCCGCGUCGACCCAUCGCUCAGUGGCAUCCCCUCCAACCCGAGGAAGAUAUCGACGGCGCUCUCGCCGCUCUGUGGGCCAAGAAGUAACUUAUUAAAUCCCAGCCCGACUAACACACUAACGAACCGACCCACCCACAGCUGCAUGACACCCCACAGCCCCCUCACAUCACCACAUAUUCUGAUGAAUAUACUUGAAAAAAUGAAGAUAUGACUCAUCGUGCAUCAUAGAAGAGUUUUUAAGGUAUUUUUUGGUUUGUUUUUAUCUCGCGACCUAAAUUUCCCCAGCUGUCUUGACUGAGCGCGAAAAACCAUCCGAAUUCAAAAGUGAAGAAAAAGACAGAAGUGUGAGAUUCCCCCACUUUCAUGUACAUUCAUGUCCUUUAGUUUAGAGUUUGCAGGAGGCUCAUGAACGGCAAUAAACAGAGUUAUUUCUGCUGAUUGAAAAUGAAAAUAACAGCCAGCUUGUUUCGUAUACAUCAAAGAUGAUUUACUCAGUGAUGUAAAGUCAUAAACUCAUGUAGAACAGAUUUGUUUUCAUUGUCAACGGGAAUGUUAGACUGUUGGGUUUCUCUUGAAUUAAUAGACGUCAUUGUGAUUUUGCUCAAACAGGAAGAAAAGAAACAAAGCUGAGGACUGUGACGCUAAAUGGGAAUUUAUGGGCUAAUAUAUUUUAUAAGCGGUAAUAAUGGCAAUAUAAAUGAAUGUUCAAUUCAAGGUCAUAGUUCAGCAUGGUUUACAUAUAAUCUGUGUAAAGACACAUCCUAUUUACUGUACUGCUGCAGUUACUGUGCCAAAAACAGACGUCUAUCAUAUCUGUAGUGUUUAGAAGUGAGCAUGAUCCCAUCACAUCAAUCCUGACACACGCACACACACACACACACACACACGCACACACGCACAUGCACACGCACGCACACGCACGCAUACACACACGCACACGCACGCACACACACAAACACACACGCACGCACACACACACACACACGCACAUGCACACGCACGCACACGCACGCAUACACACACACACACGCACGCACACACACACACACACGCACACACACAUGCACACACACGCGCACACACACACACAUGGCACACAUGAAGCUGCUGUGAAUGUACUGCGGGAUUUUCAUCACACGAUUGAGCUUCUGCUUUACGUCAAUGCCUGGUUUGUUUGUUUGUUUGUUUGUAUGUUUGUUUGUUUGGAGCGAAACUCUCCGAGAUGCCAAAGGAUGAACUCAAAUGAGACGGUCAGAGGCAGUUCACCGGGGUCACCCGUGCUCCAUCAGGUCACGCUUAGAAAGUCAAGAAAUGGGAAGAAAGAGCUCACCUUACGCUCAGCUUGCGUGUGUAAAGUUGUUUCUACAGCAUGUGUCUAUAAAUCAAUGUACAUAGAAGCAUGUUUUCAAGAUUAGAGCAUUAUUACUGUAUAUCGUGUGUGACUUUUCUCGUUUUGAUAAUUAAGUGUAGAGGAAUAAAUGCACUGAAUGCACAUUUGAUGACAUUUCCCUGAAAAGGGUGUUAAGAAUAUGUCAAGAAGAGUUUUUCAAAAGUCUUUUACAUUUGCAACAGAGAGUUCAGCUGCUGUGUGUUAGAUCCACUCGUGCUUGUGCUGGCGUUUUUAUUCCAUCCGUCCACAUGCUUGUGUCAUUUGUCUUAUCUGUGUUCUGAACAUUGAAAAAUUGUAAGAAUGAAAUAUGUUCAGGUUGUGACUUUUCAGGAAGGCGUGUUUUAAAAUGAAUCUCAUGCCGACGACACGUCUAGAAAUGAAAAGAGAAACAAAGAGAUUUUGAAUAAAGUAAAUGAUGUCUAUUAUAAGAUCACCGGAUCUCUGUAAAUUCUCAAAUGUGUCACUUUGUCAUCAUAUUUCCUUUCUUUAAUAGAAUUUGAAAUCAUCUAUAAGUUGUUCAAAUACAAUAUGUUUUUCAAUAACAACAAUUCAUUUUUGUAUUAUUUUUUUAACGUUAAUUGUGUCUUGAAUGAGAAUUUGGGGGAACAUUUGCUUAAUUGUUGUGGUCUUUUUUCUCUCUUUUGAUUUGGAGAUGAAUUAUGGGCCGGACGGGUUUUGUGAUUCACCUGUCAAUGUGUUCACACCACAUGCAGAAACUCAAAGCCAUAAUCAUUGAGUGUAAUAACGUACAAGCGUUGUGAGAGAGUCAUUGCCGUGUACAGUAACUGUCUGUUCAAAGACAGUCUUGUGUUGAAAUAAAUCACAAGAAUUGAAAGCAAAUGAUAUAAUCUCAGAUGAAAGUGAUGCUCUGCUGAAUAAACAAUGCAAUGAUCAUAUUGACAUAAACACUUACAGUAAUAAGAAACACACGGUCAUUAUUAUGUACAGCAUGACUUUAUUAUGCAAUGUGUGUGUAACGAUACUCUACACAAACAUGUGGUGUUUCAAGUUGUUUGUUCACAGUUUAAUUGUUUUCUUUUAAAAAAGGAUGAGUGAAUACUUCACACCACAUGACAGAAGUAUAUAGAAUGCAAGAUGGAGAUUUUAAUAAUGAAUAAAUCAAGAGAGUCUUAUGGCCAUUUCGUGUAAAUGUGAUUCAACACAUAUGAAUAAAUACUAUAGUAUACCAUAAUAUUUACUGUAGUAACCUGAAGCAGAGUUAUUGUUAUAGUUUGGUUUUUAGUUUGAUGCAUAUUUUCAAUUACCUUUAAUAUUUAGUUAAUUUCAAGCCAUUUUGUUAUAUGCUUUUGUCAUUUUAUUUUUCACGUGUUUAUUUCAAAUUCAUUUAUUUUUAUCAUUAUAAUUUAGUGCCUUAAACUUAUUUCAGUUCAUUUCUGAGGCAACAAUUAAAUGUUUCGUUCAUUUUAAGUUUUCCAAUCAUUUGAAUGACAAUAUUUCAUUUGAUUUCAGUAAAUGAAGAGUUUUCAUUUGAGAUAACUAAAAUACCCUUGACCUUAAGUAUACAGUAUAUUACAGUAGAGCUACAGUAUAGUACUGUUAUUUUAGGUUACACUGUAUAGGUUGAAAAAGUGUGCAGACUGUAGUACAUGCUAUAGUAUUUGUUCAUGUGGGGAUUCUGUUUUGCAUCCAAGUCCAUUAUUUUUCAUUCUUGAAUGUCAUGUAUGUUGUAUUCCGUCUGCAUUUCUGUGUUUUGUGGAACAGCCUUGGACUGUGUACAGCUGCCUAUAGGAAUAUUCUCGUGCGCUUCUGUGUGUUGUCGUUUGCAAUAGGACCAAUGUAGAAUAACGUCUAAAUGUGUCGUGUGAACGUGAAUUUAAACUGCAGGGUUCUGGUGUUUUUUCUCUGCGGAGCAAGCAACAAAAUCCCAGUCUUCCCUGGGACACUGUGGACGUGGGUCUUCUGGCCUGCCCUCCCCGGACACACUUCUCUGUGUGUUGUCUUCUAAUAAUGGAACUUACUGUAUAAUCACCACCUUUCCAAUGCAAUACUGCCAACAUGUCUGCUUACUAACAUCCUCUAACCUGUCCGCCGCGUGUCAAGACUGAGAACCGAUGCCUUUCUGUUCCGUUUGUCCUGCGUGGAGGUUCAUGUGUCGUUCGAUCCUUUCGUGGAUGCUUUGGCAUGCUUUCCAUUCCCCGUACAAAUGAACACGACGGCCAGCGGAGAAAAAAAAGAAUGCCUUCCUGUGGCCACUCUUAGCUUCUUGUCAUCCUGUACCAAUAACAAUGUGAAACCUCAACCAAACCAAACCAACCGCUAGAAGGUCAACAGUGAGUUAUCCAUUAGUUCAUCAUAGGAAAUAAAGAUCUUUUAAAUAGA